CCACCUUCUGACUUGACUUGACUUGACUCCGCCAAAGAUGGCUGCUUUCCUCCUUCACCGAAAAGAAGGAAAUGGGAACCACGAGAGCACGCAAGUCAUCUACCUAACCCCGACACCGAAGUCCAGUCAACCCUCACUAGCUCUUAUUCCCCACUGCUCCCUCCACCUGCUCCGACGACCGACGGGGUUAGAAUAGGGGUCAAGCGGGAGUCCACAAAAUAGCUUUAGCGGUCGAUGACGGGCUUCCACGAUAAGAUCUACACGUUCUCCGAUCAAGUCGCCAGGUCAAGUCAAUGUAAUCAUCACCUCCACCUUCGCCCUGUUCUUCUAAUUGAGGCGGCAAGGAGAAGGUAGGGCGGGAGAUCAAACUGCUCGCCAUGGCUUUCACCCUAUUCUUCUCAUCAUCGUUAUUCUACCUUUUGGGCAUCCUCCUUCUCCACGGGGCAGCGGUGGCACGAGGGUGUUUUAGCAUGGAGAGGGAGGCGCUGCUGGACUUCAAAGCUGGUGUCAGAGACACCCGCAACCGGCUAUCUUCUUGGACAGGCCACCACUGUUGCACAUGGAAGGGAGUGGCCUGCGACACCACCACUGGCCACGUCGUCAUGCUGGACCUCCGAAACACAAAUUUUACAGAUGAUUGGGCAUAUUACGCGCGGGAUCCGCAUGCCGGAAUUCAUCGGCUCCUUCAAGAAACUGAGAUACCUCAAUCUAUCUUCUACAAAAUUCAUGGGAGGAAUACCUGCUCGGCUGGGGAACCUUUCGAGCCUCUACGUUCUUGAUCUAAGAGCUGCUUUACGUUUUGCACCCCUUGUUGACAACCUCGACUGGCUCUCCCAUCUUACCUCCCUGAAGCACCUGGACUUGAGCGGGUUGAAGCUAACCGAUGUCCCAGAUUGGUUCUCAUCGGUGAACAUGCUGCCUUCCCUCCAAGUGUUAAGUAUGUCUUCCGUUGGUCUCAACACAAUCCCAGCAUCUGUUGUCCACGUCAACUUCACCUCCUCUCUUACUGUGCUUGAUCUCUCCUUCAAUAAUUUCAACUCCAUCUUACCCAAAUGGUUGGGGAAUAUUAGUAGUCUUACCCAUCUUGAUCUCCAUUAUUCUGGGUUCUAUGGCGUUAUUCCUGAUGCAAUUGGAGACUUGGGCAGACUGAAAGAAUUACAUAUGCCGGGCAACCAAUUGACAGGAAAUUUGAGCGGUUGGUUGGAGCAAAUGACGAAUCUCAUCAUUUUGGAUCUCCGAUCUAAUUUAUUCAACGGUUCCAUGCCUUCCUCCUCCGUUGGUAUGUUGUCUAAUCUCACUGAAUUGUAUCUCGGUGGAAAUUCUCUCGAAGGUGUUAUUUCAGAAGUUCAUUUUGAGAAUCUUACGAGAUUGCAAGUAUUAGACUUGCAUGACAACUCCAUCACCAUAUCAAUUGGCCAGAGUUGGGUCCCCCCUUUCCAACUCACAUAUGUAGAUUUAACCAAAUGUCAGUUGGGACCUCAAUUUCCAGAAUGGUUGCAGUUCCAAACACAGAUCGAAGAAUUACAUUUGGCAGACUGUAAAAUUGCAGGGACAAUGCCCGCUUGGUUUUGGAAUAUUUCAUCUUCUACCAUCAUAUUUUUAGACCUUUCCAACAACCAAAUUAGAGGCAAGCUGUCAUCUUCUUUAAAGUUCACCAAGUUGGAAAGAUUACAUUUGGAAUCCAACAGAUUUGAAGGUCCAUUGCCAACGAUGCUACCGUCUACACUUGAUACUCUAUACCUCUCCAAUAAUUCCUUUACAGGGCAAUUGCCGAUAUGGCCCCAUGUUAGAUUUGUGUCAAUCUCAGAUAACAUGCUUGACGGUGGCUUAUCUUCAUCAAUCUGCCAAUGGACAUAUCUCGAAUACCUUGACCUUUCGAAUAACAAAUUACUUGGUGAGAUCCCUUAUUGUCUGGGAAAAUCAUUACAAAAUCUUCAGUUCUUAGAUUUGGGCAACAACCACUUGUCGGGUGAAAUUCCACACACAAUCGAUUUUUUAAGUAGGCUUUGGUAUUUGCAACUGAAAAAUAAUAGUUUUUCGGGUGAGCUUCCUUUCUCAUUGAAAAAUUGUAUAGAGUUACAAUUUCUUGAUUUGGCUCAAAAUAAUUUUGUCGGAAGUAUAACGCUAUGGAUGGGAGAUAAUCUACAACAACUGAUAGUGCUUCGUCUCCGUUCAAAUAUGUUUUCAGGAAUUGUUCCUUGGCAACUUGCUAGAUUUGAACAGCUUCAAAUAUUGGAUCUUGCCAAUAACAACUUCUCUGGUUCAAUACCUCACAACAUUGGUAAUUUAAGUACCAUGAGAUUGACAUCACAAUAUUAUGCAUUUUGUUCUUAUGAAUCAGAUGUCUUUACAAAGGGACAAGAUCUUCGUUAUUUAAAAUGCAGCAUAACUCUUAUGAAAAGUUUGGAUCUUUCAAACAAUAGUCUAACCGGAGAGAUACCAAAUGGAAUUGGAGACCUUGCAGGACUCAAGAACUUAAAUUUGUCAAGAAAUCAUUUACAAGGGAAAAUCCCUUGGGAGAUAGGAGGAAUGAAAUCAUUAGAAUCCCUUGAUCUAUCGAUAAAUGACCUUUCUGGUAGCAUUCCCCAGAGCUUAUCAGCUUUAUAUUUCUUGAGCUAUUUGAAUUUGUCGUAUAAUAAUCUUUCGGGAAUGAUACCAUCUGGUAAUCAACUCCAAACCUUUAUUGAUCCAUCCAUCUAUAUGGGCAAUGCUGACUUAUGUGGACCACCAAUUUCGAAAGGUUGUUUUAAUAAUAAAACAACUCAAAAUAUUAUACAAGAGUACAAGAAGGAGAUUCCCCCGUGGCUAUGGUUCUAUAUCAGCAUGGUACUAGGAUAUGUGAUGGGAUUUUGGACCUUUUAUGGUAUUCUCCUCCUCAAAGACGCAUGGAGGCAUGCUUAUUUCCAUAUGAUUGAUGAUAUGUAUGAUUGGUUCCGGGUACAAUGGUAUUUAAUCUUUUGAUGAUUGUUUAGACUUAAAUCCAAACAUUUCUACUGUGGACGAUCCAAGGCUUUACGGUAGAUUGGGAGAAGAUGCCUGCGAGUAUAUUGAAUUUGGUUAUGUAUGGAGGCAACAAAUCAUCUGUGCAGUAUUUGUGAGCAUCGACUGUGGCGUCACUCGUGGCUAUACGGACUCCGAAACUGGAAUACUGUAACAAGUCGAUGAAGGAUACAUCGACACGGGUAGAAACAUCAGAAUCGCUGAAACGUACAUCGACGAUCCUACAAAGGUGCAGACGUGGUUGCAGUUUCACAGAUCAAAGAAUUAUAUUUGGCAGACAGAUCAAAGAAUUAUAUUUGGCAGAUUGUAAAGUUGCAGAGACAAUGCCUGCUUGGUUUUGGAAUAUUUCAUCUUCUACCAUUACAGAUUUAGACCUUUCCAACAACCAAAUAGGAGGCAAGCUGCCAUCUUCUUUGAAGUUCACCAAGUUGGAAAAAUUAUAUUUGGAUUCCAGUAGAUUUGAAGGUCUAUUGCCUACGAUGGUACCAUCUACACUUGAUGCUCUAUCUCUCUCCAAUAAUUCUUUUACAGGGCAAUUGCGAUAUGGCCCUAUGUUAGAUUUAUGUCAUUCUCAGAUAACAUGCUUGAUGGUGGCUUAUCUUCAUCAAUUUGCCAAUGGAGAUAUCUCCAAACCCUUCACCUUUAGAACAAUAAAUUAUUUGGUGAGAUCUCUUGUUGUGUAGGGGAGUUAUUACAAAACCUUUAUUACUUAGAUUUGGGCAACAACCACCUGUCGGGUGAAAUUCCACAUACGAUCAUUGAAAAAUUGUAUAGAGUUACAGUUUCUUGAUCUCUCAAAAUAA